AUGAGGAAAGACGGCGACGGUUCUCCGAAGCCGACGACUUCCGACGGAGUUGUUUCGCGAUCAGCUCGGAGCUCGUUCCGUGCUCUCUCUAACUGCAUUAAGGUCAUUUCCUCUGGUGCUUCCACGGUCGCUCGCACCGCCGUAUCCGCCGCUUCUUCCGUCGCUACCCGAGACAUCGACUCUCUUCACGAUCAGGUACUAUGGGCGGGGUUUGAUAAGCUAGAGAAAGACGAUGGCGAUACUCGAAAAGUGCUUCUACUAGCAUUCAAGUCUGGAUUUCAAGUUUGGGAUGUGGAGGACACAGAGAACGUCCAUGUUAUAGUCUCUGCACAUGAAGGACAAGCGUCUUUCAUGCAAAUGCUGCCGAAUCCGAUAAGCUCGGGAGUGUUAGGUGACCAGUUCUCUGAGAGCCGUCCGCUUCUGGCUGUGUGUGGUGACAGUUCUUGGGAAGAGAAUCCGAAUAGGCAGCCACAGAGCACUGCUUCUGAUAAUAAUCCCGGAAGUGAAACAGUACUAGUUCCUACGAAUGUGCAUGUUUACUCGCUAAAGUCUCAGUCUUAUGUGCGUGAGAUCAAAUUCCGGUCUAUCGUCUAUACGGUUAGGAGCAGCUCUCGGAUUGUUGCUGUGCUACAACCAGCUCAGAUACAUUGCUUUGACGCUACAACGUUGGAAAAAGAGUACAUGAUUGUCACUAACCCCAUCGCUUGGGGCUCUUUGGGUGUUGGAGUUGGUCCUCUUGCAGUUGGUCCAAGAUGGAUUGCUUACAGUGGAAGCCGUAUUGCUAAAUCAAGCUCUGCUGUUUUCACUCCGGAGCUUAUCUCACCGUCAGCAUCACCCUCUGUUGCACAGUUUGCAAUGGAUUCAAGCAGGCAGCUCGCUUCGGGGAUCGUGACUCUUGGAGACAGAGGGUACAAUGCUUUGACUAAGUACUGCUCGGAGGUUCUGCCUAAUCCGUAUGUUCCUGGAUUGAAAGUCAUUGGAGCUGGUAAUGAGAAUGUGCCAAACGCUGAUAGCAUAGGAAUGGUUAUAAUCAAUGAUGUGAUAAGCAAAAGCCUGGUAACACAGUUUAAGGCACACAAGAGUCCGAUUACAGCUUUGUGCUUUGAUCCAAGCGGCAUGGUUUUGGUGACUGCUUCGAUUCAAGGAUCAAACAUCAACGUCUUUAGAAUAGUGCCAAAACACUAUACGAGUAGUGGUGACGCUGCUAGCACAAGGUCCUUUGUGCAUAUGUUCAGGCUUCAGCGCGGUUUUACUAAUGCGGUGAUACAGGACAUCAGUUUCAGCAACGAUAGCAGUUUGGUAGUGGUGAGCUCUUCAAGAGGGACGAGUCAUCUGUUUGAGAUGAAUCCUGAGGGAGAAGGGAAUGCUCAGACUCCGACUCCUGUGACGGCGAUUAGUAGGAUAAGAAGCGGAAACAGCAGCGGAUGGAUUGGAACAGUGAGCGGUGCUGCAGCUGCAGCGGCUGGAAUGGUUGGAGGCUCUCUUCCUGGUGCAAUCACAUCAACUUUCUGUUACAUUGAUGAACAGAGUAACAACAACAAGCAGUAUGGUUUGACAACAAUCGCCACUACUGAUAACAACUCUAAGAGGAAUCUUUUGGUGUUUGCUCCUUCUGGAUGUAUGACACAGUAUGCGUUAAAGGCGAAUCCGGCUGGUGCUGGGGCUGGUCAUGAGACUGCAGCUAUGACGGUGUUUGAUUUUGAGACGGGUUUGGAGACUGAAGGGAAAGUAAAGGUUGAGCCAAUACGGAGGUGGUCCAUUAUCCAAAACCAGACUAGGAGAGAGAUGCAAGAUCAACCGAGUGACAUAUAUGGAGGUGGAGCAUCUCCGGAUUCUAAAAGCAAAGUGUUUCCGGAGGUGGUUAGGAAACAGACUGUUGAGGAAGCUUGGAGAGUGACUACUAAGAAAGGAAAGGCUCGUGGGGAGGAUAACCGUAAACUGUAUGUUUCUGAAGCGGAAGUGCAAAUGUAUCAGCCGUCUCAGCCACCGUUAUGGGCAAGGCAAAACGUAAACUCUCCUCUCUCUUCUUUUGUUUUGAUCUGA